AUGGAUAAUCCUUCAUCUGAAAGAGAUAAAAGGUUGAUGCGAAGGGAACAAUUGAAAUUAGAGAUUGAAAAUAAAGAGAGACAAAUUCAGAAGAGAACGAAGCUCGCGAGCAUUAAACAAAGAGACAAAGAGAUUGAAGAGGAAAAAUUAGCAGAAUUGCAAAAACAGAGAAUGAGAGUGGUUGAAAUGCGACACAAGACUCGACAAGAAAAAAAAGACCUACAAAAACGCAAAUGUGAAGAAAUCAGAAUAAAACGAGAAGACAAAGAGAUUGAAAGGCUGAAAGAAAAAAGAAGGCAGUUGGAAAGACAGAUUCUAGAAAUCGAAGAAUUUGAUGCGUUGGAAGAUGCUGAUGGUAGCAUGGAACAAGAAGGAGCAUGUGGUUAUGAUACACAGUUUAAGGACAUAAACACAGAUGAAUAUAAAAGAGAUGACGUGAAAUAUAAAGACAAUGCUAAAAUGAGCAGAUCUAUAAUAACGGUAGAUGAAUAUGGACAUAUAGAUGAUAUCAGUAGCAUCAGUAGGGGCAUUAGGUACCAUGAAAGUGAAUUGGAACGUUCAGAGACUUGUUCAGAGAGUACCACAGACACCGUUGACAAGGAGUUAAAAUUGCUGGACAGCAAAGCCAAGAAGCAUGUUGUAACUGAUCGUGGUGACAGGUUGAAAGUUCAGAGGAACUAUAAUGUCGACAAAUGUGAUGAUGAACUACUGAACAUAGAUGAUAAUCAUGAAAAUCAUAAUUAUAGAGGAAAUAGAAAAUUGAAAAUGUCACAUAGAAAGAAACAUGGCAAUGUGGAUCAAAUACACAGAUUGAGUUCUGAGGCCAGAAUUAAAAAGGAGGGAGAUACAUAUGUAACAGAUGAUGAUGACACGUACUCAGAUGACGAAUAUAGUAUUGAAAGUGAAGUAGUACAGCAAUUAAAGAAGGAGAUAAAAGACAUGAAACAGAGAGAAAUACAAAUGAUGGAUGAAAUUGAAAGUAGAAAUAAAGCGGAAAAAUUAAAAGUAGCUAAGUGA